CUGUUGUUCACCGCUGGGGGGCAGCGCGCGCCGGUAAUACUGCCAAAAAAAAACAAACACGUGGAGCUGUGACGCCAUCUCCGUGCGACGGUUGAGUUUUCCCAAUCUCAGCCACCAUGGCCGAAGCCGAAUCCAAAAAAGUGAUCAAGUUAGUUCCUGAGUACCUCCUGAAGAAGAGGAAAGCAUAUCAGGCCAUUAAAGCCACACAAGCCAAGCUCGCACUGCUCGACAAGAGAAAGGUAUCUAAAGGUAAACCGAUAAAGUUCAAGCGUUUGGAAGACUUCCUUAAAGACAGUCACAAGAAGCAUCGGGAUGAAACUCGCAUCCGGAGAGCCGAUCACAGGCCUGCUCCUCCCCUGCCUCCUGCUAAGAACAAGCUAGCCUUCGUCGUCCGCAUCAGAGAGAUUAAAGGUGUCAGUCCCAAAGUGAUGAAGGUAAUCCAGAUGCUGAGGCUGAGGAAGAUCUUCAGCGGGGCCUUCGUUAAAAUCAACAAGACCUCCAUGGCCAUGAUGAAGAUGGUGGAGCCAUAUGUGGCCUGGGGAUUCCCCAACUUGAAGUCCGUUCGUGAGCUCAUUCUAAAGAGAGGACAGACCAGGAUAGGCAGGAAGAGGGUUCCUCUCACAGACAACACCUUCAUCGAGCAACACAUGGGUAAACACGGCAUCAUCUGUUUGGAGGACCUGAUUCACGAGAUCUUCUCUGUUGGUAAGGGUUUCCGUGCCGCCAACAACUUCCUCCUGCCAUUCAGGCUGUCAGUGGCUCGUCACGCUGCCAGGGACAAGGCUGGGCUCCUGAAGGACCUGGGAAAACCUGGAUUCCGCGGCACAGACAUUAACUCUAUCAUCAGACAGCUGAACUGAGGAGGAACGCAUGGAGGAUGGGACACUCAGCAGAGAAGGCUCAUGGGUUUCACCCAGCCGCAGCUUUUCUCUGGUUACACUCAUAGCACACUGGGAAACAUCAGUAGGGCCUGAAGUGGAGUCUAUUGCCUUAUCCACGUUGCUUUUUUAUUUGCACUCAUGUUUGGAAGUGAGAUCAUGCAGUGCCCCUAACCACGGACUGACGGAAGCAGUUGUGCUCUUUUGAAAAUGUAACUGUAUUUGAAAUCUCUCAUGAAAUGUAAAAUAAUGUCUGGUAAAAGUGCUUGUUUUCCUCACUUUACUCCUCAAGCUGUCCGAGGAGUCGAUCAGUACUUGCUGCAUAUGCAAGGGCAGUAAUUGAAUGCGAGCAGGCUGUCCUGCAUGCAGGAGACACCAGCCAACCAAUGGCAAACACUUCUAAUGCAGUUAGUAGUUGUCGGUGUGAAAAGGUGUAAAGUCUGAAUAAUCUAUUUAACACAGAUGCAUACAUUCAUUUAUGAUUCAAUGUUGAUAUACUUUUUUUACAAUAAAACAAAAUGAGUCAAUGUUUGAAACAAAA